AUGGCGCCGAAGCCAGUCACCGAGCCUCGGUUCGAGGCGUGCGCUUCGACGGCAUCGUUAUUUCUCUACGCCCAAGGUUCGACGAUUCUAUGUCUCCACCAUGAUACACUAGCGGUGGAGCGACGGUUCACGAGUCACCAAGAGAAUAUCGACUUCAUUUCCGUGGACAAUGUGAGCGAACGUGGCGCAGGGAGACUGGUCGUGAGCUACGAUGUCGGCCAGACAGCUAUUGUUUGGGAUAUUUUUACCGGAACUGAGAUCGCACGAUUUGCAUCUUUCGAACAACUGCGGGUUGCAACGUGGAUGCGCAAUGGAAAUGUCGCUUUUGGAAAUGGAAAAGGCGAAGUUAUUCUCUUUGAGCCUCCUACCUCGGAACAUUUCUCUGCGCGCACCAUUUUUGAUCCCAUCACAUCUCUUGCACCAGCCACAGAUUGUCGUACUUAUGCGAUUGGAUACCAAAAUGGAUCAAUAUUGAUUGCAAAUCUCCACCCCCAAUUCACCAUUCUUCACACAUUAACCACCUCACGCGGGCCAUCUCCUAUAAUUUCGCUCGCCUGGCACGCUUCGUCGUCGAAACAAAAAUCGGACAUGCUGGCAACGCAAGCUUCGAAUGGCGAUCUAAGAGUCUGGAGCGUGGCAAAACCUCCUGGGAAGGAGUCUCCUCGGGUAAUUCGUGUGUUGAAGCGAUCCGAUUCGAAUUCCACGGAUCCAAAGUGGAUGUCAUGGUCGAAAAAUGGAAGAAUCGUUCAAUAUCUCGAAGGGGAAACAUGGUCAUGGGAUGUCCGAACAAAGCAUGUCACCUAUGAGCCGAUUCCGACAGUUGAGGGAGUACGGGGUAUUGCGAGUUAUGGUCCGACCGCCACCCUAUUUACCCUAGGUCCCAAUGAAUCUGUCCAACAAUACGAUUUGGAUAACCCGGCAAUGGUCGCCAAUGUUCAGCAUCUUCCAGUCGUUCCUCGAUCAGGAGUAUCAGAGGGAGGCCGGUCACGAGGAAUGUCACCGAGACGUUUACAAGACGCCCCGGAAAUCCGAGAAAGGGGUUCCGGAAGACGGACACCUUUUGAUACAAAUGGAGAUACAUCGAAACAUCAAAGAUCGGAUUUGAUGAGUCCCGCUUCAUCAAGGAGCCAGACAGAGUCCGUUAGCUCCAAAGCUUCGUCUGGCAGAUACAAGGUCGACCGACCAUUUUCACCACCCAGCCGAUCGGCUCAGAGCGGCACAUCCUUUUCGCUGACAUCGAACGGUCGCGAUACUCCGCAACCCUCCGCCGGCUAUCCUUACGCUUCGUCCAUUUCGAUGUCUUCGGCUAAGAGCUCUCGCGCUGGGUCUCGACUUAGAAAUGAGGUUCAGAUGAGCCCUGCCGACAAGGUCAUGGUUGACCUAUUCCCAUUCAUUCGCGCCCGAUUGAACGACGUACCGUAUAGAUCACAGCCGCCAAUUGAUGAAUCCCAUUUGACUCCAGAAGAUUUACGACAGCAAAUGUUGAGUGUUGUUUUUGGCUGGGAGGGAGAUGUCCAGGGACUUAUCAGAGACGAAUUGACUCGUCAUGCCACGGGAAGCCAAAGCGCCAUUCUUCUAGCGCAGUGGCUGGGUGAAAUCGACACAGAUCAAAUGGCUCACAUGUUAACUUCGAAUCCGGGCCAAGUCACAGCUUUCGACUGGAUGGUUCUGGCUCUGAGUCAAAUGAGUGGCUCAGCACAGGCAAACAAAGUUGGACAAGCUUUUGUACAAAAGCUCCUCGAAAUUGGAGAUGUUCACACAGCAGCUACCGUCCUCCUUGGUCUCGGUGAUGUCAACGAUGCGAUCGAGGUCUAUGUGUCUCGGAACCAUUUCAUGGAGGCCAUUCUCAUGACCUGUCUUCUGGUACCAUCAGACUGGCAGCGGCAGUCGUAUCUCGUUCGCCGUUGGGGCGAGUAUGUGGUGUCUCAUUCUCAACAACAGCUUGCCAUCCGCUGCUUCAUGUGCACUGGGGUUGAGCCUACUGAGCCCUGGACUUCUCCAGCUGCCCAACAGGCAGCUUCGUUUGCAGAAGUCAUUAGAGGGAAAUCGCCACUGGGAUCUCCCGCGUUCAAUCAACCUUUGAGCGCUGGCCCUAUGCCUCUUCCAGCCCGCCCAAGAUCAGCAUCUAAUCAACAACGCCAAGCUGCAAAGGGCCCUGCUCUCAAAUUGAUCACGUCUUUCGAUACCCAGCCUAACUACAGGUUCAAGUUUCCCGGGUUGAAGUCUGAUGAUAGGACUCCCACAAAUGCACCUGGUGUUACUCCAAUUGCAGAGUCCGCAGUCGCCGAUUCGGCUCUGUCCCCCGGUGGCUUUGGUUCCUACAAGCUCAACAAUAUCCAAAGUCUCAGCCAGGCAAUGUCUUCUCGGACGGGUACCCCUACAUCCAAUCGUCGUCGACUACCCUCAAUCGGAGAGACACCGGUGGAUGUACAUCCCCCGACGUUCUCCCGGGCAGGCUCAUACAACACCAGUGGCUAUGGCUCGACUUCGGAAAACGAUGAGACAAGUGGACACGAACAGAGUCAGGACGAGCAAGGAGAUAAUGGUGGUCUACUGACCCUCUCCGCUGCAGUAUACAAUCCUGGACACGAUUCGGUCAAGCCAAGCCCCCAGACUGCCGUGCAGGCGUCAGACAAAUUCGCAGCUAUCAAGGGUCUUCCAUCUCCGGCACCCGGCGUCUUUGAAGCCUUGAAAGACCAUUACGAUCUUCGGAAUGGCUCGCGGGAUCGAAAGCCAGAUGGUCUCCAAAUUGAACUGGUCAAAGCAGACGAGUCUCAGUCAGAUGGCCGAGAUCCGAUUGAUCUACUCCACAGUGCAAAGAGCGCCCACAGCUACGCUUCCACGACAAAGAGCCCAAGCGUGAGCGGCCGCAGCAUCGAUCAAUACAUCAGCAGCUUGGACGAGGCGAACUAUCACGCAAGAAAGCACCGGGAAAACCGUUCUCAUGGUCGUGGAAGGAGGAACACCGACGAGACUACCAGCCAAAGCUCACGCGUCCACCACACUCGUGAGCCCUCCCAGGAGAUCCGUGGUCGAAACGAACGCAGAUAUAUCCAGCCAGCCAAACGAUCACCUUCCUCGCCUGUGCCUAUGUCACCUGAAGAACUGGCUCGAUACCACGUUGAUGAGCCCGAGAAAUCGGAUGAGCCGCGAAAGAAGUCGCAGUCUCGUGCUAGGAGCUCAAGCAGAAUGAGAAAGGCCGGAUCGCGCAAUCGUCAACGCUCUUCGAGUCGAAGCACAACCAACCGCAUUGCAAGGGACGUCUCAUCACGCGGUCGUAGUGCUGAUCGUCAUGGAUCUACUGUCCGCUCGCCAUCUUCGCCGCUUCCCAUGUCCCUUCCUAUGACACUUCCCAAUCAUGAUCCAUCCAAGCCAAACGAGGUGGAUGACCCGCUUCGCAUCGUGGCCGGAAAUCAAAAACGGCUUCGCUCGCAACACCGGAGUGCCAGCCGUCGUCGUAUAGAGAGGGGCGUUAGCUCUAGACGUGACGGAUCGCCCGAGACUCGACACCGGCCGUCCCACAGCCAGCCAGAAAUCCGACACGUCUCAGAGCCCGUGAAAACUGCCGAGCCUGCAGGCCUUGAGCUGCUGAGCAGCAAAACAUUUGGACAAGAAGAUACCUUGGCCAAUGACACCUAUCAAGAUGUGACAAAGACUCCUGUCGCUGUCGCUUCUGCUAUCGAUAAUGACGACGCAGACGCCUACGAAGCUCAAGAUGUUGUGUCUCCCAUCGUGUCACCUUCUACUCCGUUUGUUAGCCUGGCCGAGAGAAAGAGAAGAGAACUAGCAGCUGCAGAACUCGAAGCGCGCCGACUUUCUCUCGCGCGUAACCCUUCUGCGCCCAACAUUCCCUUCCCAGGCGAUCUCCAAUCUGCCAAAAGCCCUGGUUCCGUUCGAAGUCCAAUUGAGGGCCCUCCAUUGUCCGGCGGUUCGUACUUCCCUCGAGUGCCAUCUCGGAACCGAAACCAUAUCCCUCCAAGCAAGAACUCGCCCGAAUACCAAAGCGGAUCGGAUUCCAGCUCUGGUCGCUCUGGCCCUCCAAUUGGGCUUCCGGCCACACCACGAGCAAUGCGACACCCCAAGUACGGUGGGAAUGGCCACGAACAAGAGCGUCCACCCUCUGUCCCUGCACUCCCCACGGACAGCUCUGGUGCAGUUCUCCUUUCUGACGCCCGGUAUCAAGGCGAGGCAGAGAGAAUCGGCCGGUCAAUGUCCGUCCCCAUGCCGGAGAAUCAAUAUAUGAACCCUGCACCGGUGCCAACGGAUAUCCCCAUGCAUCCACGCUUCAAUCCCAAUCUUCCUCGAAGCCGCUCCAACAGCCGUAGCCGGACGAUGGGUCAUAGACGCACAAGCUCGGGCGGAUAUGUCUCGGGCACAUCCCCGCAAGUCACUGUGAGCAUCGAGGAGACAAUCGAGAACGCAAUGCAGCGACGGCCUUCCGCACCACAUGUCGAGACCAUCCCUCCUCCGCCUCCGCCUCCGAUCCUCCCAGAACUGCAACAUCUAAACACACCUCCACCCCCGCCCCCGAUACCCGGCUCCCACGAGCCAAUCUCGCCCCGCGAGUCGUCCGCGACAAUCGACAUUGCUAUCGACAAUGUUGACAUGGGCCGUCUACUCCCUCGCGCAAUGACAGCCGCCCCAACGCUGAAUGCCAACGACGCCCGUCAGAGCAUUGGUCGACGCAUGUCAUUCGAUCAUCGUCGCAACCGUAGCUCCAACGAGAGUUUCACCAACAAGCUGCGCAGUCUGACCCGCAUGCGCAGCAACAGCCGCAGCGUCGAGCCAUGGGGUACACCUCACGAGGGAGAUGUACCGUAUGAAAGUGUGCAGCCUUAUACCCUUGCACCUACAACGUACGGCAUCUAG